CCAGCGGAGGGCUGCCAGUGUGCCUUCCAGCACCUGCCGGCCGCAGGGAGGGGUCUUCUCAGCGCUGAGUCCGCACGUCUUCGUCCGUCCUUACCGGCCUUACCUGCUCCAGGUCGGGGAAAGCAACCUCCCGCCGCGACCCCGCCUCUGAGGCCCGGGCCAGAGGCUAGAGGCGGCCCGGCCGGCACCCGCCCGGCCCUCACCCCCCGCGCCCGCGGAGCCCGCCGCCCGGCGGGACGAUGCUGGAGUCCAUUCGCGUGAUGGAAAAGCUUCACUGGCCUGAGCAAGAACUUGCUAAGAAGUCUGUUCUAAAUGCAGAAGAGUCAUUGAUCAUUGAUAGCAAAAGAAGCAUUUCACAGUUAUCUCCUGGAAUCCUAAAGGACAUUUUCACAACUGGAACCAGUAGUUAUAAUGUCCUACUACAGAGCAAAGAGGAGAGAAAGCAUCAUUCACAAAAACAAUCUUCCUCCACCUACUCCAAAAGAUGUAGAAAACCCAACAAAUCUCCUAGCUCUUCUCGUAGUAAAGAUCUUCGCAAGAUGAAAGCCCCAGCGCCUGAGAUGAGCAGUGGUACUUGGUACUGCCUAGAACGGCAGCCUGCACUUUUUCUCACUAGUUCAGUGUUGGGUCCUGUGAAGUUUACACAUGAUAUCUCUGUUACAGGGAACAGCAUCGUACUGCCACCUAAACUCAAAAACAAGGUCAAGCGAUGCCAUUUCUCCACUCUUCCAAAGCCAAAGCUGCAGCCUCAGCCUCAGCUGUCUAGAAGUUUUGAAAAAGGAGAUGACUUUUCUGGAAAGAAAUUUUGUAUACUGACUGCUAUAAAGCCCACAAACUUGGAGAAAGAAAAACUGAGAUUCUUCAAGUCUGACUAUACCUACAAUCCUCAGUUUGAAUAUGCUAAUCCUUCUCUGCCAAGUGUAUUAGCCAAGCACAGCAACGCAUCUGACCGAUUUCUUAAGCAGUCCAUCAAUAUUAUGGAACUGACUCUACAGAAAUAUGGAAGUUAUGAAAAAUUUGAACAGGCCACUGGUGGUAGCCUGCUAUCUAAAACUCGAAUCUGGAGUCAUGUUAGGAAGUACAUGAUGAAAGAAGGCUGCAUGGGUGAGAUUGUAGUUCAUCUCACUGAGGACCUGCUUUCCCGAGCUUCAAUGACAGUGGUAAAUGGGUGUCCCACGCUGACCAUCAAUGUUUCCACUGCACGGGAGCACUGGCUGGAGGGAAUGCUGAGGCAUGAAAUAGGCACACAUUAUUUUCGAGGUAUUAACAACCUUCAGCAGCCGUGGAAUAGUUGGACUGGUCGUAAAAAACAUGAGCUAAAGCCAAACAAUCCCACAGAGGAAGGACUGGCAAGUAUUCACAGUGUUCUGUUUAGAAAAGACCCCUUUUUAUGGAGGGCUGCCCUCCUCUACUACACUGUUUAUCGAGCCAGCCAAAUGUCUUUUUGCGAACUCUUUAAAGAUAUUGGAAAGUUUGUCAAGGACCCCAAUACAAGAUGGGAUUAUUGUGUACGAGCCAAGAGAGGAUGGACUGAUACUUCCCAACCAGGGUGUUUCAGUAAAGACCAGGUAUACUUGGAUGGCAUCCUGCAGAUCCUCCGAUACAGAGAGACCAUUGACUUUCAUCUACUGACUGCCCUGGGGAAGGUCUCUUAUGAAGAUGUGGAUCGCUUAAAAGGAUUGGCAGUAACUGAAAACAUGAGGGUCCCUCACUUUCUGCAGGACCAUGGCCGAUAUAUGGAACACUUAGAGAAGAUCAUGGAAGUGAAUGAACUGACCGACAGGGAACUGAAAGAUCUUAUAUAUUAACUAGCAUUCUUGCAAACACAGCUGUGCUAUACCUCUUGUAUAUUACCAAUUAGGUGCAUUUAGCACCAGCAGAUUUAUAAAAGGAGAAUGGCUUUUUACAUAAGUUUUCUGAACAAUGAUCUGCAGUAUUCAGCUGAAUUUUUAGGUUAAGUACAAACCUUAAACUGUUUCCCUAAAAUGUUUCUAUAGCCUGCAAGGGAAAGUUACUUCUAUUUUCAUGUGAAUCUCAACAGAGUCAGAUGAAAAUACUACUGAUGAGUGUUUUUGAAGAAUCGUGGUCAAGUUGAGUGAUAAACUUCUGCCUGAGCAGUAAGCACUGAUCUUAGUGCUUCUGCCUGAGCCCUGAGACCAGCUCUCACCAAGAGAUUGAAUUCCAGUGUUGUUCAAACUCCAAAGUUAUAUUUUCUUUUAUAAAUAAUGGUAAUUAUUCUCCUUUGAAAAAUCAGUUUUUUAUGCCCUCAAUAAGCUAGCUAUAUCUAAGAUUUCUUAUUUCUCUUAUAUGUUAAGUAAUGUUAAAGGGAGGAGAAAAGCAAUUUGAAAAGUUUUCAUUAGUUCUUUAUUUUACACAUUAUUGUUUCACCUUAUCAAGUCUUGGGAACUAAAUUAGAGAAUUACCUCAUUUUGUCCAGUUAUUCCUUAACUAAACUCUGUUUUCAUUUGCUGAAAUACAUUGUACCCUUUCAAAAUUUUAACCAAGUUUUAGGGUCUUUUCCUCUCUAUUCCUUUAUGUAAAUGGUAAGUACAAGUUUCAGAGAGGUUUGCCUACAUAAAUUAAAAUAUUUGGGGAAGAGAGAAGCUACUCACCUUUUUAUUAAAUGGAGCAAUGAUCAGGGGACAAAUAGACUGAUCUAGUUCAUGUAGGAGCUGGAUGUUGACUGGGUAGCAUCUACAAUAAACUUGACCAUGCUCUGAAAACUGGGCAUUGCCAUUUGAUAAACUGGCCUUGUGAUAUUGGCUCAGUGUAUUUUAUCAAAAUCUUUGACUUCAUCAACCCAAUAAUGACAUAGUUUGAAUUUCAAAAAUGAGAGUUCUUUUUUGCUACAUUUCUCCUGCAAAAAGCUUCUUCACCUAGCUUUGUAAUUUAUCAAUUCCCAUAUAUACUUGGAUAUAUAUACUAGGGAUCAAAUAGUUUUUCAAACAACUUAUUUUAAUGAUCAGAAAGAAUACUGCUGUAAAUACCCCAUUCAAAAUUGCUACUGUAAUUUCUACCCAAAGCUAUCUGAGAGUUUAUCUUUACCUUGAUUCAGGCUUAAAUAUGGUGCUAACAGUGGUACAUGUAUACUGCAAAGCCUGGUCCACGUUCAUGCUAGGAAAUGAUUUUAGGAAGUCUUUUGCAGGCUAGCUUAUGUGAUUUUUCUCUUUCACACAUCUAGAAGGGCUUGCCUCAAAGAAGAAUGUUGCAGCAAACAAGAUAUACUCUAACUGGCGCCUGGCAGUUAUUGCAGAGCCAUGCAUCUUGCCUUUGGCAGUCGCGGACCAGGCCCUUUGGAGCAUUGAAGGCAUCCACACGUGUGCCAUGCUGGCUGGAGUGUGGCCUGCACGUCUCUGUGCAGGGCUGGGGGCAUAGUGCUCCAACACUAACCAGAUACCAGAAACCACUCUUGACCCCUCAAGCAUUAUUUCCUUGUAGCAGAGUCAUCCAGUUUCAGCUUUGUGUAGUGUUUUCUGACUUCAUCUUCAAACUUAUCAAAAGUGAUUGUGAAAACAGUGUCUUAUUAACCGAAAUUGAAGUAUAGACAGAAAUGGCAGUAUUUAUGUCCUGUGAUUUAAGCCCAAAUGCCUGUAAAUUCAUUUGUAGACAACAACACUGCUGAUCUUACGUUAUGGUUUAAAUAUGAAGGAAAAUCACAGCAGCCUUAAUUUCCUGUCGGUAGGAUUAUUUGCAGUGGUUCUCGUCCCUGAAUUUUAAAAUGGAUAGAUAUUCUCUCUUUAUCUGAUUUGGAAAAGGAAAAACUUCUUGCCUUACUGCUUUGGUAUAAAGACAAAAAACAUGAGCACUGUCAUUAAG